AUGCUUAAAGACUAUUAAGACUAUUACUCUCAUUUUUCUGAUAAAAGAGUUAAGGAAAGAAGUGUUGAUGAAGCUUUAUAUAGAGUAAGAGAAUGGAGAAGAAUAUAUGAGUAAGGUAUAUCGUAAGAGUGUAAUAAGAAAUCAAGAAUCACACUUUAAGAAGCUGCAAACAUUGUGAAAAUUCCAAAAAAAACAUUAGAAGAUUACAUAUAGAUAUUCAAUAAAGUAAGUUUGAUGGGUCAAAAAAUUGAAGAUUUUUCAAAUAAAAAAAUGGGAUUUCUUAGAGCUUUUAUAAGAAAAAAUAAAGGUAAAAUUAGAAAAGCUGCUCUGAUAAAAAAAUAAAAUAAAAAAGAUUCUAUUGAUGUUAAAAGUGAGGAUUCAUUUUCAUAAAAGAUAAAGAUUGAAUGUUAAUAUUCAAGGACAUAUUCUAUCAAAGAAGAAUAUGAACCAAGCCAUUUAAAUUAAAAUGUAAAGGAAGAAAUUAAAGAAGAAUAAUCAGAAUCAUACAGCCAAAACAUAUUCUCCACCAAUAUGAAAUUUUGA